GGAUCCCUGCGUCGGAAUCCUGUGUGGAACGAACGCACCGCCCACUCUGAAUAGUCCAAUCAGCAGCGAAGUAUGCAAGCUACUUCCUUUUCACUUCCGCGUCUCGUUUGCAGUCCGUGAGCCAUGCGGUUCCGAUUCUGUGGAGAUUUGGACUGCCCCGAUUGGGUGCUUGCCGAAAUCAGCACUCUGUCGAAAAUUUCUAGUGUCAAAAUGAAACUCCUUUGUGCCCAAGUAUUGAAAGGUCUGCUCGGGGAAGGCAUUGAUUAUGACAAAGUCACAAAGCUUACAACUGAUGCUAAGUUUGACAGUGGAGACAUUAAAGCCAGUGUGGCCGUGCUCAGCUUCAUUUUGUCCAGUGCGGCAAAGCAUGAUAUCGACAGUGAAUCUUUGUCCAGUGAGCUGCAGCAGCUUGGCCUGCCUAAAGAACACACAAUGGGGCUGUGCAAGUCGUAUGAAGACAAGCAUUCCGCAGUGCAAGACAAACUGAGAGAGACCAGCUUGAGAUUGGGCCGACUGGAGGCAGUCUCCUGGAGGGUGGACUACACGCUUAGCUCAAGUGAGAUGAAGGAAGUGAACGAAGGGGUCGUUCAGCUAAAGCUGCAGGCUUCAGGAGCCGAGUCAGGUUCCUCACAAACCACGGUGGUCUCGCUAUCUGCUGACAAAUUCAGAGUCUUGCUUUCAGAGCUCAAACAAGCCCAGGCUAUGAUGAAUGCUUUACAAUGACCGACAGAGUCAAUUCCCACCUCCUCAGUUUCAAAACAUGACACAAAUGCCAUUUGCCAAUUGUGUGUGAGUGAGUGAGUGAGUGAGUGAGUGAGAGAAUUUCUAUAAUUAAAUAUGCAGCUUGUUUGUUGA